AUGGCCUCGCCUCAGGGUUCUCGGGCCCCGCUGGAAUUCGGAGGACCCUUGGGCGCCGCGGCGCUGAUGCUGCUGCUCCCGGUCACUAUGUUCCACCUGCUACUGGUGGCCCGCUCGGGCCCGGCGCGCCUCCUGGGCCCACCCCCCUACUUGCCGGGAUUGGAGGAGCUGUGGAGCCCGUGGGCGCUGCUGCUCUGUCUCACCUGGCUCGGCCUGCAGGCGGCGCUCUACCUCUUGCCGGCACGCAAGGUGGCUGAGGGGCAGGAACUGAAGGACAAGAGUCGACUGCGCUACCCCAUUAACGGCUUCCAGGCCCUGAUGCUGACAGCCCUCUUGGUGGGCCUGGGGGUGUCAGCCGGGCUGCCCCUGAGCGCACUCCCGGAAAUGCUCUUGCCCUUGGCAUUUGCAGCCACCCUCACCGCCUUCAUCUUCAGCCUCCUUUUGUAUCUGAAGGCUCUGGUAGCCCCUGCCUCAGCCCGGGCACCUGGGGGGAACUCAGGCAAUCUCAUUUACGACUUUUUCCUGGGACGGGAGCUCAACCCACGCAUCUGUUCCUUUGACUUCAAAUAUUUCUGCGAACUGCGACCUGGCCUCAUCGGCUGGGUCCUCAUCAACCUGGCCUUGCUGAUGCAGGAAGCAGAACUUCGGGGGAGUCCCUCACUGGCCAUGUGGCUGGUCAAUGGCUUCCAGCUCCUGUAUGUGGGUGAUGCCCUUUGGUACGAGGAGGCAGUCCUGACCACCAUGGACAUCAUCCAUGAUGGGUUUGGCUUCAUGCUGGCCUUUGGGGACCUCGCCUGGGUACCUUUCACCUACAGCCUGCAGGCCCAGUUCCUGCUGUAUCACCCACAGCCUCUGGGGUGGCCCCUGGCCUCAUUCAUCUGCCUCAUCAAUGCUGUUGGUUACUACAUCUUCCGUGGAGCCAAUUCUCAGAAAAACACCUUCCGAAAGAAUCCUUCUGAUCCCAGAGUGGCUGACCUUGAGACCAUCUCUACAGCCACAGGGCGACGGCUGCUGGUGUCCGGGUGGUGGGGUAUGGUCCGCCAUCCCAACUACCUUGGAGACCUCAUUAUGGCUCUGGCCUGGUCCUUGCCGUGCGGGGUGUUCCACCUGUUGCCCUACUUCUACCUCCUCUACUUCACUGCGCUGCUGGUGCACCGUGAGGACCGGGAUGAGCGGCAGUGUCUGCAGAAGUAUGGCCUGGCCUGGCACGAAUACUGCCGGCGUGUGCCCUACCGAAUCGUGCCCUACGUCUACUGA